UUCGGUUUAUGCUCUGUAACUCAUGCAGACUUGUCAUAAGAAAUCAUGGAACACAAAUUACUACAGGAGCUUCGUUGUAUGUUGCAACGCAAGCCAUCCAGUACCGCUCCUCCUUCGGCCGUCGAUGAGUUUCACUUGAGACUCCAGGAGAUUUUCGGUGAGAUAAUAACAAGGUAUCCUGGGUAUGCGGUCGGUCAGAAACUGGAACUGGAGAUGUGGAAUACUCUAUACAAGAACCAGAUUGACGCGUUACAACACGCUUUGGGCCGGCGAUCAACUGGAAAUCCUGGGACGAACGCUCAAGGACAACCUCGUUCAUCGAUGGAAUUGAAACUGCGCUUCGUCCUGUUACUCGAUCGAGCAUCUGGUGUCUACCUCACAUUGGUUCAACGUCUUUUACACUCCCUUCCUGGUCUCUCCUGGCCAAAAUCGAUCCUAAGUGCCACCACGUCACUUGCAGCGCCCGCAGGCCUAUUCAGCUACGGUCAACUUGGACGAACUUGCGGUAGGUUCGACUUGGAUUUGGCCACUUUCAGCGCGCUGCAUCGCAUCUCAGCCACAGUGUACAGUAAUUCACGUUGGUUGGAAAGGCGCACCGAAGUGGAUUCUGCCACCCCGUCCAAUCCCGCACCGCGUAUCCUAUCUCGUGGAGAUCGUUUACCAGCCGUUCAGUCUCAUCCACAACAGGGCACGACCGAUGCUGUUGAAGAAUCUCCGCCUUCAUUCAGUGUGGAUGGUUUCCCGCCUCGACCAUCCGAAGAGUCACAGCCUACUGAGCUGGACUCACCUGUUUCCACUAUAGAUCAUUCGAUUGCAGUGAAUUAUCUCGUGCAACACUGUCUUGUUCACUUGGGUGAUAUUGCCAGAUACCGACAACAGUUGAAUGUCGCCGCCGGUUAUUAUAUUUGGGGAUGGAUUGUCCAUCCUGACUCUGGUCACCCUUUCAAUCAGUUGGCAAUUCUCGAAUCAUCUAAGGGAGCGAAGAAACGAUCAGAUACUCUGUUUUACUACUACGUUCGUGCCAUAGCCUGUGAGUAUCCUUUCCCGGCAGCAUCCACUAAUCUGACGAGUAUGUUACGUGGCGCGUUAUCUUGUUCGAAUCACACAAAGCUCUCCGAAUCUUUGGACGACAAUUCGACAUCAGUGGUUCAGUGGAAGAAGGACCCACGUCAACUUUUGUUCUAUUUCUUCGCGGCUCUCCAACUUUGUUCAGAUGCAUCUAGGUUGGUUUCUCUUGCAAACGAAUUUUCGAACGCCAUCAAUUGUUCUUAUCAAGACAGCUGGACUGCUUCAGACAGCCAAUCGCUGAUGCGAUUAGUUACUCUGCAUAUCUAUCUUCUGAUGGAACAUUCCAUGGAUUCAAAGUCGACAGCCAAAUCGGAGAUUGGCCGAACGUUGUUGCUUCACUGUACGGUCCGUUUGUGUGACUGGAUAGCGCGUCAGUACGUCGCCCAUAAUCAAGAGCCCAAACAAUGCCAGAGUUCCAUCCGACACAAUCUACUGGCAAGCCUUAGUCUAAUAUUUCUGUGGCUGCGACAGCAAGCCUGCACACACCCAGUUUCCUUAGACGCCGCAUUCCGGAUCUACGCUCCACCCCUCUCGGAAGAAUUCAUUACCUUCCUUAACGAUCUUUUGUCAAAUGGCCCGCCAGACGAAUCCGACAUCCAUUCGCCAUCAUGCUCUGUCGACGAGUUGGACAAUGUAUUGGACUGGAAGCGAUUGAUCCGUCUACCGGAAAUUUGCUUGCUUCAGGGGUUCAAACCACUCCAAAUUCCAACGCAGCAGCGCUUAUGCGAAACGGAGUCGCAGGCGCCGUUAUUCCCAUUCAAUAUGGAUUGGUUACAUGCACGAAAUUCGGUGAAACCGCUUCAAACGGAUGCUGAUCAACCGAAUGCUAACGUGCUUCAUUAUUUCCGUCUGACAUCCUCUCAACAAAUCAUCCACGAGCGGAUUGAAUUCAUCCUAAAGUCGGCUCGAAUCAUUGCCCGUGAGUAUCCAGCUUUACUUGGCUGGAUUGAUGGCGAUUCCGGGCCGCUGAAUUCAUCUUUCCCCAACGGUCUAUUCCGUACCGUUGCUAGAAAGCCACCUGUUCUCGCUGAACUGAUAAUUCCUUCGCACGUCAGUCAGCAACCGUCCUCUGAUGACACACCGCUGGAUGAGAACAACUUGACUAUCAUGCACCGAACUGAGGCUAAUAGCUCAACGGGAAAUCAGACUCUGUUCAACCACCAUGCGGUGCCUCUACAAAUAGAGAUUCAGCCGAAUGAUAAUACAACCAACACAUCAGACCAACGUGUGCUCACGGAACAAUCACUUCCCGUCCAACGUUCUACCAACGCUGCUUCCGAUGCUUCAUCUGAACCAACGGCGCAUGUGGACCAAAUCGCUGGUGAACGAAAUCUGCACUCAGGAAUGGCAAUCACACCACGUUCACCAAAUGAGCCAGUAGAGUGGAGGGCUACGCCCGCGAAUUCAAUUGAACAAAUCUCCAGUAGGACAGCAGAUGCUGCGCGUUCUACUUCGACAACGACAACCUCUGGAUCUGCAUCCGGUGGUUUGAUUGUGAACGCGGAACUGGCGAAAUUCAUUCAAGAACAGGCUAGUCAGGUCGCAGCCAGACAGCAACGUGCCGAACUGUCCUCGUUAAGUCCGAACAUCAACGGUGAUCAUCCCGAUGCAGCAAACAGGGCCCCGUCCACCAAUAAUGAUGGUUCAACUGUUCACAGGACCGGUAAGGCGAACCAGACUCGCCUUUGCUUGAGCGCUGCGUUUCGUCGCGACCUUCCUCCGCGUUUUGCUCGACGAUUACAAGCGGAGCUACUCGAACGCGAAGCACAGGAACAGAGACUUGGCACAAAUGUUGAGUCGAGUGAUAAGCUAAAUUCGCUCACUUCGAGCGUAGCCAUGCUGAAUCUCGACCAGCCUGCUCCAUUGGCUCGUAAAGAAUCCGAAGCACCGUUUGAACUUAAUUCAUUGUUAUCUACAACAGGUGAUCCGGUUGCGUCCGAUGAACUGAUCACCAUAUCCCCAGCUGUUAACUCCAUUGAGGCUGGUAUCUUCUCUUCUGGCUCACUUCAGCCCGCACACGUACUCCAUGCUCGACAGCUCACCACCAGUUCGACUCCAUUUCUUACUCCAGUCCAAAACGCGUCAUUGGAUGUGAGCCCAAGAUCGUACGUCGCACCUCCACUUUCUAUGUACCCCACGCCUCCGAUGCCUUUACCCUUCUCCCGGUCACACAUGAUUCCAGAUUUCCAAACGGCACCGCCCACAGCGCCACCAGCACCUCCAGUGUUCGGUUCUCAAAUCCCACCGCGAUCCUCACUGUAUGACUGGCAUCCACCUAAUCGGGUGUUUGAUCCGGUAAACACAGCUCCGGUGUCCUUCGCAUUACCCUACACCUCCACUGUGAUUCCUGCACAGCCGGUCCACUCAACCAUGUCAAAUCCAUUGCUCCCGAUUUCAGACCAUCUUCCUCCGCUAGACCUUGACAACAUCGGUGAAGGUGUUGGUUUCCCAGGACAGUACCGCUUGAGGUCGCUAGGACAAUCAGCAGAAUACAACUCCGCCACUGUGAAUACGGAUGCCGCAAGAUUUGUCCAGCACUCACUGCUGCUGAACAGUUCUGCAACGUCCACAAAAGGCUUCGCCUAUCCAACGGAAGGACUACUGGAGUCUAGUGUACUCCAUCCGGCGGCGGUGGUUACCUCCACCGAGCAAGAACAGUGUCUCAAUUUCCCGCCGGUGCCCUGAUUUAACGUGUGAAAACGAUGAAUUCAUGAUGAAAAAUCCAUCGCCUAUUUGUUCCGAUCUGAUGGGACUUGCUGACUGGUGAAAAAGUGGAUCUGGCGCCACUGUGUGCCUUGUCUCUCCUACCAAACGAAAGGCGUGAUCUUUUCAUGCACAACAACCGGGGUCAUCACACAAGAAGAGUUCAGCUUGACGUACUCCGUACCAGAGUUGAUCGCCCUUCAUAACCGACUACCCUUCUGCUUGCUGUUUUCUACAAUGCUCAAAGCUUCCGCCCUUUCAGAUGUCCUUCCAUGCUCCUUUUUCACCGUUGCUCCACCCCAAUGUUGUCCCCCAAUAGUAUCUUUCGAUUUUCGUUGAUUCUGGCUGUUUUUCACUGUCAUUGAAG